GAAUUUCUAGUUCACCUUCCUCGGUGCCCCAUUUCUGCCCUCCUGUCUGUCUGGGUCUUCCCCGCCCCCCAACGUCGCUGAGGUCCGGUGCCCCGCUUGGGGCCUCUGCCCCGCUCUGUCAAAGUCCAUGCCCCUCUGUGCCCGGACCUCUUUUUCUCUCUCCCCAUCCACAGCCUGCAGGCCCUCCAUUGGCUGGAUUCAGCGAGGGAGGGUUCUGUCACUAUGGCAACAGCCACAACAAGCCUCCGGCUUGGCUAAAAGGCGGGGGGGAGGGAUCAUGGCGAGUCGGACCCUCGCUCUGCGCUAUGGCCCUCCCUGGCCCCCCAUCUCUGGGACCGAGGAUCCAGGAUCCUGGCCCGACUGGCAUCGCACCAGCAGUGGUGUCGCCCACCACAUCAUCCCAUCCGUGCCCUUUCGCCCGCCCACUCUCCAGGUGAGAGCAGCCUGGGCGUCCAGACGCCUGCGUCUCAAGGGGGCGCGGGGAUCCAGACGCCUGCGGAAAGAAAAGGGGAACGGUGGCCUGGACUCCUACCUGAGGGAGGAGGGGCGCGGAGUCCUGGUUCUGACAGAUGGAGGCCCAGGGGACCUGGAUGCCUGGAACUGGAGGGAGGAAAGGGCUGGGGACCGCGCGGGAGCGAUCAGGGCUGGCGGGCCGGACUCCUGAGGUGUUUUUAAGCGGACGUCCCGCGCCUUCUACCCAGUCCACGGUGGCGGAGCCCCUGGCCACAGCCGCCAAGCGGGAUCUGCACAUCUGGGCUUUCGACGAGGUCAUCAGCAGAUGGGAGACCACCUAUGGCGCGGCUCACGGGGUGCUCAAGACCCACGGCGGGCCCUAUGCGCAGCCCAAGGUCCCAAAGCCGAAGGACCUCGCGCGGUCUGUGGGGAUGAAGGACUUUGUGGAAAAGCUCUCGCGCCGCGGCUGGUGCCUCCCGCUGACCACAGAGCACCAGAGCAGCGAGGCGCGGGCGCAGUACUCCGCGUGGCCCGACCUGCACCAGCGCGCCCGGCCCCUGCAGUUCGCCGACCACCACCUCACGGGCGCUUCCCAGACUCUCAUUCCCUGGAGGAUGAGCCCGGAGCUGGCCGGCCGGCCUCUCACAGUGUCCAACCAGGGCAUCCUGGACCGCUUUCAGCUCUACCUGCCCACCUAUGCCGGGGACUUCCGAGCCUACUCGAAGAAGGAGUUGUUACCCUGGGGCCACGCCCCCCAGCAGCCGCCCUGUCGACCCUCCUGUCGGGUGCCCCUGCCGCUGCGGAUCCGUGUGCCCCGUGUGCCCCGCGCCCGCCCGGUGACGCCGGCGGUGCCGCACCGCGGGGCGCUGUCGCUGGCGCAGGAGUCCUACAGCCUCCCGCUGCACCCGCUCCGCCGGCUGGACGGCUUCUACCCGGGGGCGCUGUCCUGGAGAGUCCCGCACCGGAACCCCGUGCCGGCCAUCUACCGCGUGCCGCAAGCCUACCGCACCGAGAGCUCCAACUACGGCAGCUCCAAGCCGGCCCUGGUCUGAGCGCCCCGCCAGCCCCGCCGCAGACACGUCCCUCCCGAGCAGGGGCGGAGCCGAGCCUGGAAGCCGGCCCCUGGGCACCCCGUGGGCGGGGCUGAGCUUGGGAACCCCGCCCACCACGCGGGGGCAGGACAGUCUGGGCGUGGGCGGGGCGCACCCCACUUACACCUACCCGACUGUGGGGGCGGGAGUGGGCCUGGAAUAUGUACUUGGGGCUGCGGGCCGGCGGGCGGGGCGUGCCCCUGCGGCAGGAGGGGCAGAGCUUCUCUUAAUCAAUGACCGUGAAAUAGUCUACACGUCGCUCUUUGCUGGGUUGGGCUCUGGUAUCCUGGUUUCUGGGGGCCCGAGUGUGGGGAGAAGGCGCUCCCACUGAGUCCUUGUAGCGGGGUGUCUGGGAGCAGGCGGACCCGUUUCCCGAGCGCAGAGGCAACACGGAGCAGAGCCCCGCCUGAGUUUGGAUUCUGGCUUUCAGGCCAUGGCAGGUGGAGCAGGGCUGAGGCUCCGUCCAUCACCAUGGCAGGGUCGGACCCCUCCCCCGGCUCCCCCGUGCUGGGCAGACAGGGCUCCCCAACCUGCCAGCACAGCCAGCGGCUCCCUACCCCUUUCCCUGCCCCCGCACGACCUCUCUAGCGCGUAAGGAUCGAGUCUGUAGUCAGCCGUCAUCUUGGGUGUCCCCUGCUUCUUGGUGCAAGCCACGCAGGGAAUGGGGGGAGGGGGUGCUCCCUUCGCCGCUCCUGCACAUCCCUGACCUUAUCCGCCUCUCGCCCCCGGGGAGAUUAGUGUCCAGGUUACCCCGCCACGCCACCACCCCCUGGCCUUGCCGCCCCCACAGCCUACAGGUAUAAGACCAGGUAAACACAGUAGGGAGGCACCCAGGAUGGAGAUGCUCCAGGUAAGACUGGGAGUCUGGGACUGGGUGAAGGCAGCCUCUUUCUAGAAGGU